UUUGGUGUGAUACGAUAACAUCAGGCAAACUGAGUUGAUAAAUAGGACGGUAUACUGACUCGGAGCGGUAUUUGGUCGCGUGACGCCGAGGCGUGCGCAUCUAACCGAAUCGUUGGCACGGUGAGAGUUCACAUUGGUCAAAAAUCAAUUUUACAUUUGUCGCAUUCAAUUUUUCUGACAAAAUUCGGAUAGUAUCGAAAUAUAGUCGAGAGCUUAACAUCGAUAUGUUGAGAAAAUUAUUAACCAAAUCUGGUCGCAGACUCCUCAGGGCUAUCAAGAAAUUAUCGACAAAAAGUCGCAAAGCGAAAAAGUCACGAAAUUUGAGUUCUUGGCACUCGACUAUACCGGAAUACGAAACGGAAUCUCUUUCAUGGUCUUUAUUAUCUCUGGAUACAAAAAGUAUCGAUACAUUCACAACUUAUGUUGCCGAUAAUUCUGAAGACAGCGUUUCGAUGUGUUGUUAUUGCGACGAAUACGAAGAGAAUCAACGGAAUGAAAACAUAGAAAACGAAAUGAUGAUCUAACAUACGACGAUAUUACGAUGAAUAUUUCAUCUAUAUAAUUAUUUUUAUCUUUUUUUUUCACUAAUACAACUUCGAGAUAUUUCAUCUCAAAAGUAUGUAUCUACUAUGAAAAGAUCGACGAGAAACAUCGAGGACGUUUGCAAUCCAUUUUAUAAAAUAGUCGAAUUCGUUUAAUUAUUUUAUGAUAUAUAUAUAUAUUUUCAUAAAGAUUUUUUUGAGAGGACCAUAAAAAAUCACAUUCUUUUAUCAAACGUAAAUAAGAUACUUUUUUUUAAAUAAUGAUUAAUGCAACGAACCGUUUAAGAGGUUAUAUUUUUUCAUAAUAGGUUAAUGCGUUUUUCAAAAUGAUAUUAUACUAUUAUAAAUAUGCACACAUUCUAAAUUAAGCUUAUUAUAUAGUUAUUUUUAUUUAUGAUAUUGAACUAUUCAUAUAAAAGAUAAAAGACGAUAUACCUAUCAGUUUUACCACAGAACGAUUAUAUGUAUAUCACGAUUUAUAUAUUAGUUUUUUUGCUUAGUACUUAUUUAUUUAUCAUCUCAAUUUGAUAAAUACUUUAAUCGUUUAAUCAAAAGAGAGAAAAGAGGAAAAGUGCAGAAAGAAAAGAAGUUUCUUAUCUUCUUCUAUCGUUUUAAAAACUAUCGAUGUACGCGUAUGUAUAUACGAAUUAUCUGUCGAUAAUCUGUUACCAGCGAGGUAAUUUUAAGAUAUUAAGAUAUUCGUCGUUGAAAAUAUUUUCCGUGAAAAUAUUAUAUUUUCUCACACGAUGUACAUAAAAAUAUCAUUGUUGUAGUAGAAUAGAUUUAAUUUUGAAAAUUUCACUGCUUAAUUAAAAUAAUAUAGAAUACAUACUAUAUAUGUUAAAGUGCAUUGCAAUGAAUGCAAGGUAUAUAAUAUUAUUUUUCUCACAGUAUUGUUCUCAAAUUGCAUAAUUUUUAUAUAACUAAAAAAAAAUUGAUUGUAUCGAAUCAUUUAUUCGUUUUUUUCGUAAAAUAUUUUUCGAAAAUUAUGAUUUUAGAUAUACGAUUUGUACACGAUAUGUAUAUAGAAAAAUCACAUAAAUUUUAUGUAUAAUUAUUAUGUAUAUAGUUACACGAUAUGUGCGAUAUGUACAUAGAUAUAUGAACGAGUCUCGAUUCUUUUAAUGUAAGUAUGUUCGAUGAGGCUGUGACUUUUUAACGGAUGCGAAUGUCGUAUAAAUAAAAUAAUUUUCUCGAGGAUUAUCGAUGUUCUUACAACUUCUGUCGUUAGUAUAGUUGCAUAAACUUCGGUUUCCCUUCGUUUGCGAUAAGAUCACCAGAUCUAUGUAUAUCACCAGAUUAUGUGUAAAUAAGUAUAAUAUAUGCCGUUCAAUUUCAAUGUAGUUGCAGUCACGAUCAAAGGGGUAAUAUAUAUAUAUAUAUACUCCUGCGUGUGUAUACAUGCACUUUUACGAUCGAUUUAGUCACCUAGUACCUAACGAUCGAACGAAAGUUUCUUAAAGGGUAAAAAAACUGCCUACGUAAAAAUACACGACUAACAACGUUCCAUGGAAACGGAUGAAUUUUGAGUUGUCACGCACUUACACAUGGUUGCAAAGGAUUGGAAGAGGUAUUCGAACAAUGGCCACGUGCCCACGCACUAUUCUUCCUCUUCCCUAACGAUAAUUAGGUUCCCCAGGUAGCUUUUUAAAAUAUUUGUAAAAACCAGCAGCGGCUAAUUGUUCCCAUCGAUCGUUAAAAGCCCCGCGAAUUUCCCACUUUGCCAAUGUAUUCUCUAACGAAAGGUUUAACUGCUCGCAAAACUGGUUCGUAUUCGAGGAACACCGGGAUACUUAUUUUAUUUCUCAUUCUCAUUCUCUGCAAGCUGCAAAACUGAAUGUUUGCAUAAGAAUGGUUGGCAAAAUUUCUCAUUACAGACAAAUUACAGUUAUGGAGCAAAAAGUGGGACAGAUAAGAAGUGAGAGUAAAAAUAGUACGAGCGUGAAAAUAUUACUUACUAUUAUAAAUUAAUCAAUUAGCGAUUAAUCGUAUUGAUUAAUUUAUGCAAAGUAUUGAUUAUAAACGAUCGAUUUCGUGAUCGUGAAACGCUGUAAAAAAAAGAAAAGAUUGGAUGCAAUGAAUACCUGCUAUAAUCGUUUCAUUUCUCAUAAUCUCUAUUUUAUUACAAAAUGUUAUUGCAAAAAUAUUUGAGCGCUUUUUUUCACAUAUACAUAUAUAUAUAUAUAGAGAGAGAGAGAGAGAGAAAGAGAGAACGUACGCAGUGAUACGUUUAAUGGCACUUUUUCACGCGUUCGAUCAUUCGAACGAUCGUUCGAUUUUUAUCGAACGAUCGGCAAACGAUCAAAUUGCGUCCAUUACAAUGAUACAAAAUACAAAAAGAAAAAAAGAUAGAAAUACGGAAAAAGUACGAGCUCGAUCACUUUCCACUAUUUACAAUAAUCCGUUCACAUGUAUAUAUACAUACUGUACAAAAUAAUCGUUCGUUCGAAAAAUUCGACGAAUCGAGUCGAAUAAUAAAUAAUUUUUAAACUCA